AUGUCUGAAAACAAAUAUCAAUUAUUUUGGAUUCCAUUCAAUGAACUUAGAAACACACAGCGCACAGAAAUUGGUCCAAUCAGUGUUCCAAGACCACUUGUAAAUUCUACCGAUUUAGAUGAUGAAGAACUAGUAAAUGAGCUUUUCGAAAAUGAAAUUAAAAAAAAAUCUAUAAAAUUAAUGCUAUGGAUUGAAUUAGGCAAUAUGUCAAGGCAUGAUGAAGGUCACUUUGGAACCAUAUUCAAAGCUUAUUGGACAAAGACGCAUAGUAAUGUCAUUUGUAAGGCAUUAACAAACCUGAAAGACAUAAAUGGCAAAUACUACGCUGCACUUAUUCAUGAGUUAACAAUGCAUACAAGAUCAGAUCUUUGUGAAAACAUUGUUCGAUUUUUGAGAGUCAGUAAAGAAGGAAUCGCCAAUGUCUUGCCAAAUAUUGGUACUAAAACUAUUAAUCCUGAGGAAAACAAUAAUUCGAAAACUUCAACUGAACAAAUACAAUCAACUGGAAUCUGUGGUUCAAGAAUUCAAAACUUCUCUAUCAAAGAUGAAAGUGAAACAAAUAAUGUCUUGAAUAAUUGA